CGCUGGCAGGGAAUGACGCUUAUUAGUGCGAAGACCGUACGAAAGCAAAGAGAAGAGGCACAAGCACUCACCAAAGAAGGGGCGCAGUAGGGAAGGGGGUAGAUGGAUGGGAGAAAGAAAAGGUGGGAAAACACCAGGGAGGACAGCCUGCGCGGGAGCCGUAUUUGUAUGCGCUCCUAAAAUUAGAUGUUCCAUAAUCGGACAUCAAAUUACGGACACACGUGCCCAUCAUGCACUGAAACGAUGCAUCCCUUCUUCUCUGUUCUCGCGGUGGUCUUCAAUUUCCGCGCUGGACGUAGGACAGCAGUUGCGCCGUCAUCGUCGUUGAGCCCGCCCACGUCCUUCUGCAUGCAAGAUGGCUGUCUUGAUGUUUACUUGCUCGGCACACCUGUAACUUGCUCGUUGACAUGCUAUCAGUUGAAGGGAGCAAAUGGAGAUGAUUUCGACCUGAAGAUCGCACUGGCGCCGAGUCGCCGACUGAGCGGCCUAGGAAAUAUCAAUUUAAUUGAUUCCCACAUCGGUCGGAGGCACGGCGUAACGGAAAGCCCGAUCAAUCUCUAAAGACCGCAGUAUGAUUAUGUAAUAAACGUUGUCACAGUCAUUCUCAGCGUCACAUGGGCACGUUGUCACGGACACGAAGGCAUCUGGUCGUUGCUCAGCGCGCUCAGCAGACACUCACACUACUCGUUCAUCUUACCACGACGCCCAAAUGAAUAACGCGCCACUAGAGAACCCGUUCGCGUCAACUCACUCGCUCGACGAGAACCCUUUCGACCAUCCGGACGACCAGGCUGCAGCGCCGGCACAAGAUGCAUCAGUUGCAGCUAGGGAAGCAGAGCUGAACCGACGUGCUCAGGAACUCGAUGCGCGACAGCGGGAUCUGGAACGACAACAGCAAAAUAUGCGACCAAGGAAGAACAACUGGCCGUUCUUCUUUCCUCUGAUAUAUCACGAAAUCUCAGACGAAAUUCCGACCGACUCUCAGCCCCUAAUGUACCACUUGUAUUAUCUCUGGCUCAUCCUUGGAGCUACUCUCAUCGUCAAUAUGAUCGCCUGCAUAUUCAUUCUACUUGCCGGUUCAAGUGAUGGUGGACGAGAUCUUGGCUCCAGCAUAGGGUACAUUUUCGUUAUUGGCAUUCUGUCUUUCCUUUUGUGGUACAGACCAAUAUAUAACGCGUACAUGAAGGUACAAGCACUUUACUACUACUUCUUUUUCUUUUUCUGUGGUUGGCACCUUGUAUUUUCAAUCUACAUGAUACUAGGCAUCCCAGGGACGGGCUCCGCUGGGUUCAUUCAGAUGAUCCAGAUGUACGUGAAUGGUCAUAUUGCUGCCGGUGUAUUCGGAACGAUCGCGACGCUUGGAUGGACUGUCCAAGGUCUUGGAAAUGCUUUCUACUAUCAACAGAUCUGGAAGCACCACAAUGCGCAAGGACAUACCCUGGAUAAUGCAAAGACAGAGCUCGCGACUCACUGGGCCAAACGCCAGCUCUUUGGUAGCAAGCAGUCUUCGUCAACAACGAACUAGAACUACUUGCAUGAUCUCUCGAUUUUCUCAUCACUCUCCGCAUUCUGACGUUCGAUUUUCUCAAUCUGACUUGGCCCCCACCCCCGUUUGAGCUACGUCUCCGUGUAUAUACAAUAUGUGAUGCAAUGGGGAGACGACGGGCUGACAGGGAAGGCCGAUGCGUUUUUUUCAUGACGUACCACUGAUGGACAUUUUCGUAUCUUAUCUUUGUUGUGUUGGUACUUAUGCAAUA